GUAUAUCACGAUUCCGAUGCAUCCGCGAAGCACGAGCUCAUCAACAACUACAUUCGCGAGGGCGGGAUAAAGAAUUUGUCAUGGGUCCCAUCGUACACCGAGCAUGCGAUCACAUCUACCGAGAACAAGCAGAAGGUGGAGGAUGGCUAUUUCACCAUGGGCAAGAUCUUCGAGAGGGAGGGCAUCCAGCCCGAGAAGAAGCGGCAGGACAUCGUGCUGGAGGCUUUGAGGAUGGAGAAUUACAAGGAGCACAGCAUCGAGUACCAGGACAUCAAGAAGGACCUCAUCAAGGAAGUUGCCGGCUGCCCUGAGCUCACCAGGUACUUCUAUGUCUUCGCGAAGAGCCAGUCCAAUUCUUUGCAUCGCAAGGAAAGCGACAUGGAGAUCACGACGAACAUCAAGGUUGGGCACUUGGGUGCUGCUUUGAAGGACGCGAGCAGCGGUUCGGGCGGUGUUCAGGUGAAGAUUGAGAAUCCGGAGAAAGUUAAGGCUACUCAACAUGUGACGGUUUUGACCAAUGGCAAAGCUGCGAUACAAAAGGCCCUCGACAUCAUCAAAGACGGCAUCAGCACGCUCCAGCACGGCAAAAAACCUGAGUACAAGGAGUUCGUGACAGAGGGCUUGACUAUUGUGGAGGAGGCCGACAAGUUCGUGGAGGCAGCACGCGAAAAGAUUUCCAACCAUUCGAUCAUGCAAAACGAUGAUUCCAAGAGCGAAAAGGAUUGGCAGGAGUUCGGCGACAAGGUGCAGCCCCUCAUCGAUGUGUGCUCGACUCAUGUGGAAGGCCUCAAGCACUACAAGCUUCGCAUGCAGGCCCUGUUGUAA